GCCAGAAAGCACCGUCAUUCGGUCGUACGCGGCACUACGCGCCCUGCGUGUAUGAUGAGUGAUGACCUUACGCGCUGACCGCUUGUUUCAUAAGCAACGUUACGACAGAUUAUAAAGCUGCCGGAUAGGCUCACGCGCAGCUACCAUUUGGAACCCCAUUUCGGACCGAAAGCAUUCCGCGGAUGGACAAGUGCUCCAAAAUGGCCUGUUUGGCAUGGCUGAUGGGGUUGUUGCUGAUGACGGCAGCUGAAGCCAGUGUAGGCCCCAGUAACUCCUCCAGCUUUUGCACAGAAACAGAGGAGUGCCUCCUGUUUGACCUGGUAUGCAAGACCCAGCAGUAUGAGGUGCGUCAUUAUGGCCCCGCCCGGUGGGUGUCGACUGAUUCGGAGGCCGUCUUCAUGGAAGUGGGCACUACUGUGGCCUUCAGGAGGCUUUUCAAGUACAUCGCAGGAGCCAAUGAGGAGGGUGUGGUAGUUAACAUGACAGCUCCCGUCCUGCUCAAAAUCCCUGAGGAAAAGAGGAAGUGGAAGGCGACAGUCUAUACUCUCAGCUUCCUGUUACCAUCAGUCUAUCAAGAGAGCCCUCCCAAACCAACCAAUGAGAAGGUGUACUUCACGGACAUGCCAGACAUGACCGUGUACGUGAGGAGCUACGGGGGCUGGAUCCUCUCUGUGACGUCCGGCCUUCAGGCCCACCUGCUGAGGGAAGACCUGAAGGCAGUGCAGGCCUCCUACAACAGCACCUACAACUACGCAGUCGGCUAUGACAGUCCUAUGAAGCUGUUUCACAGACACAAUGAGGUGUGGUACAUCACUGAGGGAGAGCCAGUGUGCACCUUCCCUCAGCCACCCACCUCUGAGGUCCCCCAAAUCACUACUACUAAUACAACUACAGGAAAUACCACACAGAUUUAGAGGGAGCUCGUGGAGGAUAACGUCCCGCUUCUGCUCGACACCACCCAUCUGUCUGUCUGUCUGGCUUCCGCUAAACCUACCUAGCCCGACUGUCACUGGUACCAGUGUGCGCCCCCUUUGCAGCCAGCUAGUGCAUGCAAUGCACCUGUGAUGGAUCAAUCGCAUAGAGCAUCCUGGCCAAUAGGAACGCUGUCCACCAGCAGUAACUUUGCACAUUAAUCAGUAGAAAUCUCUUGAGGGGGACAUUAGUAUGCAGAUACAAGUAAAAGAAAGUCAAAGGUUAUGUGAGACGAAGGAGUUGGGCAUUUAAAAAUGUUGGCUUCCCUUGAUAACAUGGCUGUUUGUCAGUGUAAAAGCACAGAAAAUGAGGUAGAAGUGUUAUACUUUUGUACAAGUGAAUAUCGACAUGUAAAUCCUACAGAGGAAAAUAUGUUUGCUGUAAUAUUGGUAGGACUCUGUUUCUGUAGUCAUAACUUUUAGGCUUGUGGACUUUACUGUAUGACUGGUAUUUUAAUGAAAAUGUAACAAAAAUCAAAUAGGAACAAAGCUAUGCAUCUGCUUAUUUUGAAAUGUACUGAAGGCUGUUAACAGUGAUAAAGAAACAAACACAUUUCUUGAGUCACUGUGGUGAAUCAGCUGGCCUGUCUAAAUUAAUUUUUACUCAUCGUACUCAAGAUGCAUUGUGCAGUUCCCUCACUUCACAGAGCUAAUGUAGGAGCCAAGCUUGUGUCUUCCAUCUGCAAUGCAUAAAUAAAUUGUGUUGAAAUCACUAACGUUAGCAAA